AUGGACGUCGUUCAAAGUGUGCAGGGCUUCAUUGCUACCUGGCACCAAGGUGGAGAGGCUAAAUGUCGAAGCUUCCUUGCUGAACCACAUUCUGACCCCAAUAAUCCGCGAAACGUCGACCUGUUGACCACGGGAUACCACACUUUACUGUUGUCUGCGUUUCGGUCCUGGCCAACCGAGCUUUCAAUAGCUCCGCAGGCUCUCGUGACGUUUAUCCAGUCACUUGUGGAGGGCUUACCUUCGUCUUCGGGACAAAACGCGCCACCUCAUAGUACACAACUGGGGGAACUGCUGAUAGACGUUAUAUGGGCCAUUGACUCUCACCUGGAUGAAUUCCUUGCCGAUGUCAAGUCACUCACUUCGAACGCUGACACCUCGGGCAAUUCUGCGGACGGAGCCGCUGGCCUAUCUAAGCGCGCUUCUACUAAGAAGCAGAACGCGGAACAGGACAAGGCGACUUUGGGCGAAUUCGUGAAGAGGUUGACGGUUGCCAAAUUGAUAGACCCGUCUCAUUGCCGCCACCGCCUCGACCUUUCGCUUCUUGCCAGUGCUGGCCUCAUUUCUGAUCGCUCAAGUAUUGAGAAGAAGGAAGUCAGGACGAGGACGGGAUUAUUCUACAAACAAAACAAGUUCAACCUGCUGCGAGAGCAGUCCGAAGGUUACAGCAAGCUCAGUGCGGAACUGACUGGGUCUCUGGGUGCGCCGCACUCGCCCUCGGAUGGUAAACCUGUCGAAGGCUACACGGCUAUUGAGGAUCGCGCGCGUCAAGUAUGGGAAAAGAUGAUGAGUUUGAUUGGAUACUUCGACCUUGAUCCUAACCGUGCUCUCGAUAUCAUAUUGGACGUCUUCUCAGUAAACUUGGCUACACACUACACUUUCUUUCUGGCACUUCUCUCGUUCUCUCCUUGGCGUGGUACCUACAAACGAUCUGGCUCACGAGGCGACGAAAUGCAGACGGACACCACCAACCAGUUCAAGGGCAAGGACCUCGAUACUAUUCUGCGCAUAGCGGAGGGUGGGUCCCUUGAAUCUGAGCCGCCCGCACAGGAGUCCAGGGUUCUUGCCCAAGUCCUGGGGUUUAAAUUUACUCACUAUCAAAUGGCGGAAAAUGUUGAUCAAUCUCCCCGAAGCUUAUAUCUCAUGGCAGCGCUUCUAAUGCGCGAGGGAUUUAUUACAGUAGAAGAGUUAUAUCCUCAUCUCUCUCCAAGUGAUGACGGCAUGGAAGAAUUGCACAAAGGGUACUUGGCUCAAGUGCAGGAGAGGAUUGCGGGCGCGAAAGUUAGCUUAUUGGCAAUGGCCGCUCCAUUGGAGUCCUCUUCUUCCAUUAGCAAACCACGUCAAGAGCCUGCUAGCGAAGAACCGAACAAGAUUGAGCUGAAGACAGUCAAUCAGAAAGCUGCUCUCGUGCAUGCUCUCAUUUCCGUAGGCGCCCUUCGGCCUGCCAUAGCGAUAUUGGCAAGAUUCCCAUGGCUGGUGGAUGCCCAUCCGGAUGUAGCAGAUGUUCUGCUUCGUGUCUUGAAGUACUCCAUCGUUCCUAUCUAUGACUCCAUUUUUGUUCCCAGGGAGCCGAGCUCAAACUUCGGUCAGCCCCGACCUCGAUAUGGCCUCAAUGGAGCAACGAUCACUCCUGUCUGCAAGCCUCAACUUACCUUGGUAGCUCCCGCGCCCCCGGCAACCUCCACAACAGAGUUCGUCUUCUUUUUCCCCGACUGGUCCCAAUAUGUGCCUUGUUGUACAUCUGCCUCGGACCUUGAAGAUGUCUUGGAGCCGUUGAUGAGCUUCGUCGGUCUCCAUAUCUCUCGGGAUCCUGUGUUCGUAACCAAGUUCACGCGCCUUGGCCGUACUCAAUUGGUGUCUACCGUUCCUCUUGACCCGGAAACCAAGAAACCCAGCGGAGAGCCAGACGCCAAUGACCCUACCCGUCUCUUUUGGUUCAAGAUACUCCGCGCUUACCUCUUGCCUGCACUUCCUCUCAUUAGAGGGAACGCGGUAUGCACAGUCGAGAUAUGGAACAUCAUCCGCCAGUACGAGCCGACCCUUCGUUGGCGCUUGUACGGCGAAUGGAAGUCGGGCAUUUACUCCUCACAUCCGGAGCUUCGUAUACGCCAGGUCCAGGCAGACCGAGAGUCAAAGGGUAUACUUCGACGCCUGUCUCACAACACCAUUGAUUCGCUGGCGGGCGCUGUUGCCAAGCUUGCACACUCAAAUCCAUGUAUCUUCUUUGUCAAUGCCGUCAAUCAAAUAAUGGCGUACGACAACCUAGCCGGUGUAGUCAUCCAAGCCCUUCGAUACGUGACGAACAUGGGUUUCGACGUGUUGACCUUCGUCAUACUUGAUGCUCUCUCGAAUCCUAACAAGGAUAGGGUGAAAGAGGAUGGUGUACAUACGUCUGACUGGCUCCAAAGUCUGGCAUCGUUCAUUGGCAUGUUGUACAGGCGAUACAGCGCCGAUUUGUCUCCUGUGCUCAAAUAUGUCGUUCAUCAACUGCAUAACUCGCAGACGACGGAGAUAAUCGUUCUGCGGGAGCUUAUAUGGAAGAUGGCCGGUAUUGAGCCCUUGCCAAGCCUUUCUGAUUCACAAAUCGCUGCUAUGGCUGGCGGGCCAGCGUUGCGCAUCGAGGCUGUCGCCUCUGCGACGCGUGGUGCUCGUCUGGACCCGGGCGAUGCGGUGCUCAAGGGUCCUCAAAGGCUGGGGAAAGCACUGCUAGAAACCUCUUUGGCUUUGCCUCUCCUUGUCCAGGUGGCUCAGCAACGGCAAUCUUGCGUCUUCAGGGUCCCAAACGCCCCUCUUAAGUCACUGGCUAGCUUAUACGACACGACGCAUGGCGUGCUCCUUCAGUAUCUGGAGCUUCUCACAUCGCCUGCUGUUGUUUCUCCUGAAGACUACAUGACAAAAAUUGUCCCACCACUCGGCGAACUUACGGAGUUGUACGGUAUCUCAUUGCCGCUGUGUAUGCAGAUCAUACGCCCAACGCUCAACGCCAAACUUCUUACCAUGGCUCUGGCGUUGGAAGAAAAAGAUCGUGUAGCCAGCGAAGAACAGGAAAAGCGACUAAAGGCUCGUCUGGCAGCGAAGCGGGAGCCCAGUAGCUCUAUAUCACGCGUUCAAUCACCAACGGACGGUGCAUCCGCCUCAAAAGAAGCAGAGAAAACCGGCCCAGGCGAUGCCGAUGCCGAAGACUCGACCAUGGAGGUGGAAGGCGGCGCCCAGGAGGGUAAUGCUGUUUCCGCUGUGCCAGAGAGUGUGUGGAUACCUGAACUUGAGGCGCUUUUCGGUGACGUCAAGAAGGCAGCUAAAUCCUCGGCUCUCGGCGUGAUUGGGCCUGCGUUCUACUUGACAUUCUGGCAGUUAUCUAUGUAUGAUAUAUCGCCUCCCACCGCCAAAUACGAAGAGGAAUCGACAGCGCUAAGAACUCUGAGUCGGCAAGAGGACUCGAAGUACAUAGCCGCAGAUCGUUCAGCUGACAGGACCAGGCGGUCAACAGCCAACGCACAUCGCGCCCGACGGGAACGGUACAACAAUUUUGUCAAUACACUCAACAAGGAGUUCAAGGAGCAAAUGGCUUCGCGUGUGUUCACACUCAAACGGCUGGCUCGCGAGAAGCAACAAUGGUUCGCCCAUACUGAGUCUCGAUCAGUUACCUUGGCUGCCGCCGUGAUAGAACAUUGCAUUCAACCUCGCUGCCUUCUCUCGCCGAUGGACGCUGACUUCUGCGCGCAAUUCAUCAAAAUAGUGCAUACGCUGGGUACUCCCGGGUUCCCCACUCUUGUGGUCUACGACAAAUUGCUUGGCGAUCACAUCAAGACCGUGCUAUUCUCUUGCAGCGAAUACGAAGCCAAAAACUACGGUCGCUUCUUGCUUGGUGUCCUUUCGGACAUGUGGAAAUGGUUCCAGGACGAACAACUCUUCACUCAGGAUAAUCGCACAAAAAUCGGCGGAAAGACUUUCGUUCUCCCCGGUCUUCAACGACGGUGGACCUAUAAGCUGAUAGUUCCUCAAGACGAGGUCCUGAACUGGGACGCUCACAAGCAAAUUCUCCGUAAGUGGCACAGGAAGAUUGCCAAGUGUCUUCUGAACUGCAUCGAAAGCGGAGAGUUCAUGCAUGUCUACAACGCAAUCGUUGUCCUCAAGGAGAUUCUACCAGUCUACCCAAUGGCUGCGGUUGGAGAUACGGGACCUAUCAUUGAUAACGCAAUUGAGAAACUGCUUGAAAAGGAGGAACGUGGGGACCUCAAGAUCCUUGCCAGAGCCUAUUCUGCAAGCUUGAAAAAGCGAAACUCACAAUGGAGUCUUCCCAAGAAUGUUCCCACUAAGCCGGCGGCCUCACCUGCUGUCCCCGCACCCUCUCAAACAGAACAGCCUCAAGUCAGUCAUGAAGUUGGUCCAGCCAACGGUGAUACUCGCCAGAUUGGCACGCCCUCGCCUAUUAAUGGGAAUGGCAAGCAUGCUGCUGAACCGUCCGCUUCCGCGUCGACGAAGAUGGCGAUAGACAGCAUCCCUCGGCCGGAGAAAGUCAAGAGAGUGCGACAAGACAGGGCCAAUGGCUCUGCCACUCCGGACCGUGAUCCCCGACCAACAAACAGCAGCAAUGUUAUGGAUGUUGAUAGUACCAAUGGCCAGCCCUCUCAUUCCCAGCGUCCCGCUCCUGGAAACAUGGACGGCACGUCGCUUCCCACUGGACCCCAAGACAUGGGCGGUAGGCCUCAGCGGGCACUUGCUAUCUCAGGCGCUGCAGGUUCUCGAGGAUCACCCCGGCCUCGAGGAGACGAGAGCAUGCCACUCGGUGGAGACGGUAUGCCGCCACCCUCUGCCCCAAGUCAAACACUUUCCGCGCAGGAGCUACGCGAGACCGCUAAACAGAGUAUAGGGCAACGACCUUUGGAGAAGCCCGACGACAGACGGAUUGCCCCGGAACACCGUGGUCAACCCGGGUCGGGAGCACCUUCCCCUUCGCCACGACGCCGUUCCUUGUCUCCUCCUACGCGCCCUGGAACGCGCAACCACAGCCAAGAAAGCCGUGCCAGCGGCGGACGAUCACGAUCAGAUCGAGGGGCAGGCGAUGGAUCGGACGACAGACAUCUGGAUAGACACUCCGACAGGGAGCCACGGACAGAACCUCGUGAGCCCCGACGAGACUCUCGCGGUGGCGAUCGGUCAGGUCGAGAGCGGGCGGUGCGAGACAUCGACUGGGAGCGCGAGAGCGAACGCGACCGGGACAGAGGCCGCGACAGACACGAACGGGAGCGUGACCGGGAGAGAGACCGGGAAAGAGACAAGGAUCGUGACCGGCGCGAUCGGGACAGGGAUAGGGAGAAGGACCGCGACCGUGACAGAGACCGGCACAGGCGGGACGAGAAGGACCGUGACCGCGAGUCGAGGAAGGAGAGAGAUGCAUCUACUCGCGGUGUGCCGUCCGGGACGCCCACGGCACCUGCGGAGUCACGGUCGGGUCCUGCUCGUCCUGAUACUAGUCGACAUCGUGGUAGUGCGCAGGUGCUUGACGACGCUUUGGGCAAGCGGAGGCGGAGUACCGCCGAUGACGAGGGCGAUCGUUCAUCGAAACGAAGUUCUCGCAAGGACAGUCACCGGGAAGAUCGGAGUCGAAGGCCAGAGAAGGAGGAGAGGCCGCGAGAUGUGGACCGGCGCCGAGGCGAACGGGAGGCAUCCGAAGGAGACGUCCGCGCCUCGACGGAUAGGGCGGGCGAUAAACGGCCUCCUGAGGGGCCCAAGCAACUGCCACCUUCUGCGCCGCGCGCCAUGGCUUCCACGGAUGCUUCUAGAUCAGGCAAAGGGGAGACGCCGCAGCGUAACGGAGACUGGAAAAAUCAGCGGGAGCACCCUGCACAUUUCCCCAAUGGCGGCGCAUCUCAAGACGCUCCGAGCCUGCGAUCAAGGAUUGGUGACAAAGAGACACCGCGCGGUCCUCAGAUGCCGGCCGUGUCCCAUAAAGAUGACGAACGGGACCACAGAAAGCGAACUUUUGCCGAACGCGAGAAAGAUAUGAGCGAGGCUGGCGCAAGCGCCAACGACGCAGCGUUGCCGCCCAAUUUCAAACGACCCAAGCUCAACCGCAAUCGCUAUCCUGCAUCACCAGGGCCUCAUGCACUGGCCCGAAAGACACUUCCCAUAGAUCCCACGGCAGGGGACAAGUCCCGGUCUUCGAGAAAGGACUAG